CAAUAUGACAAGGCCCGAGAAUAUCACGAGAAAGCACUCGCAAUCCAAAUAGAGAUUGGUGACAGACAGGGAGAAGCAACAAGCUACGGAAACCUAGGAACCUUGUUCCGAUCACUCGGUCAAUAUGAUAAGGCCCGAGAAUAUCACGAGAAAGCACUCGCAAUCCAAAUAGAGAUUGGUGACAGAAACGGAGAAGCAUCAAGCUACAGAAACCUAGGAACUUUGUUCCAAUCACUCGGUCAAUAUGACAAGGCCCGAGAAUAUCACGAGAAAGCACUCGCUAUCAGAAUAAAAAUUGGCGACAGGGAUGGAAUAGCAACAAGCUACGGAACCCUAGGAACUUUUUUCCAAUCACUCGGUCAAUAUGACAAGGCCCAAGAAUAUCACGAGAAAGCACUCGCAAUCCAAAUAGAGAUUGGUGACAGACACGGAGAAGUAAAAAGCUACGGAAAAAUAGGAACUUUGUUCCGAUCACUCGGUCAAUAUGACAAGGCCGAGAAUAUCACGAGAAAGCACUCGCAAUCCAAAUAGAGAUUGGUGAAAGACACGGAGAAGCAACAAGCUACGGAAACAUAGGAGCUUUGUUCCAAUUACUCAGUCAAUAUGACAAGGCACAAGAAUAUCAGGAAAAAGCACUUGCUAUUAGAAUAGAAAUUGGUGACAGGCACGGAGAAGCAUCAAGCUACAGAAACCUAGGAACUUUGUUCCAAUCCCUCGGUCAAUAUGACAAGGCCCGAGAAUAUUACGAGAAAGCACUCGCUAUCAGAAUAAAAAUUGGCGACAGGGAUGGAAUAGCAACAAGCUACGGAACCCUAGGAACUUUGUUCCAAUCACUCGGUCAAUAUGACAAGGCCGAGAAUAUCACGAGAAAGCACUCGCAAUCCAAAUAGAGAUUGGUGACAGACAGGGAGAAGCAACAAGCUACGGAAACCUAGGAACCUUGUUCCGAUCACUCGGUCAAUAUGAUAAGGCCGAGAAUAUCACGAGAAAGCACUCGCAAUCCAAAUAGAGAUUGGUGACAGAAACGGAGAAGCAUCAAGCUACAGAAACCUAGGAUCUUUGUUCCAAUCACUCGGUCAAUAUGACAAGGCCCGAGAAUAUCACGAGAAAGCACUCGCUAUCAGAAUAAAAAUUGGCGACAGGGAUGGAAUAGCAACAAGCUACGGAACCCUAGGAACUUUUUUCCAAUCACUCGGUCAAUAUGACAAGGCCCAAGAAUAUCACGAGAAAGCACUCGCAAUCCAAAUAGAGAUUGGUGACAGACACGGAGAAGUAAAAAGCUACGGAAAAAUAGGAACUUUGUUCCGAUCACUCGGUCAAUAUGACAAGGCCCGAGAAUAUCACGAGAAAGCACUCGCAAUCCAAAUAGAGAUUGGUGAAAGACACGGAGAAGCAACAAGCUACGGAAACAUAGGAACUUUGUUCCAAUUACUCAGUCAAUAUGACAAGGCACAAGAAUAUCAGGAAAAAGCACUUGCUAUUAGAAUAGAAAUUGGUGACAGGCACGGAGAAGCAACAGGCUACGGAAACCUAGGAGCUUUGUUCCAAUCACUCGCUCAAUAUGACAGGGCCCGAGAAUAUCACGAGAAGGCACUCGCUAUCACAACAGAAAUUGGUGACAUGGAUGGAGAAGCAAGAAGCUACGGAAACCUAGGAACUUUGUUCCAAUCACUCGGUCAAUAUGACAACGCCCGAGAAUAUCACGAGAAGGCACUCGCUAUCAAAACAGAAAUUGGUGACAUGGAUGGAGAAGCAACAAGCUACGGAAACAUAGGAACUUUGUUCCAAUCACUCGGUCAAUAUGACAAGGCCCGAGAGUAUCAAGAGAAAGCACUCGCUAUCAGAAUAAAAAAUAGCGACAGGAAUGGAAUAGCAACAAGCUACGGAAACCUAGGAACUUUGUUCCAAUCACUCGGUCAAUAUGACAAGGCCCGAGAAUAUCAGGAAAAAGCACUCCCUAUCUAUAUAGAAAUUGGUGACAGACACGGAGAAGCAACAAGCUACGGAAACAUAGGAACUUUGUUCCAAUCCCUCAGACAAUAUGACAAGGCCCAAGAAUAUCACGAGAAAGCACUCGCAAUCCAAAUAGAGAUUGGUGACAGACACGGAGAAGCAACAAGCUACGGAAACAUAGGAACUUUGUUCCAAUUACUCAGUCAAUAUGACAAGGCCCGUGAAUAUCAGGAGAAAGCACUCGCUAUCACAAUAGAAAUUGGUGACAGGGAUGGAGAAAAUACAAGACUUGGAAACCUAGGGACUUUGUUCCAAUUAUUAGGUCAAUAUGACCAGGCCCGAGAAUAUUACGAGAAAGCACUUGCUUUCAAAAUAGAAAUUGGUGACAGGGAUGGAGAAGCAAGAAGCUACGGAAACCUAGGAACUUUGUUCCAAUCACUCGGUCAAUAUGACAAGGCUCGAGAAUAUCACGAGAAAUCACUCGCUAUCAGAAUAGAAAUUGGUGACAGGAAUGGAGAAGCAACAAGCCACGGAAACCUAGGAACUUUGUUUCUAUCACUCGGUCAAUAUGACAAGGCCAGACAAUGUCAGGAGAAAGCACUCGCUAUAACAAUAGAAAUUGGCGACAUGGAUGGAGAAGCAACAAGCUACCGAAACCUAGGAACUUUGUUCCAAUUUCUCGGUCAAUAUGACAAGGCCCGAGAAUAUCACGAGAAAGCACUCUCUAUCAAAAGAGAAAUUGGUGACAGGAAUGGAGAAGCAACAAUCUACGGAAACCUAGGAAGUUUGUUCCAAUCGCUCAGUCAAUGUAACAAGGCUCGAGAAUAUCAGGAAAAAGCACUCGCUAUCAGAAUAGAAAUUGGUGACAGGAAUGGAGAGGCAACAAGCUACAAAAACCUAGGAACUUUGUUCCGAUCACUCGGUCAAUAUGACAAGGCUCGAGAAUAUCAUGGGAAGGCACUUGCUAUCAAAAUAGAAAUUGGUGAUAGGAACGGAGAAGCAACAAGCUACGGAAACCUAGGAACUUUGUUCCAAUGCCUCGGUCAAUAUGACAAGGCACAAGAAUAUCAAGAAAAAGCUCUUGCUUUCAAAAUAGAAUUUGGCAACAGGAAUGGAGAAGCAAAAUGCUACGGAAACCUUGGAACUUUGUUCCGAUCACUCGGUCAAUAUGACAAGGCCCGAGAAUAUCACGAGAAAGCACUCGCUAUCAGAAUAAAAAUUGGCGACAGGGAUGGAAUAGCAACAAGCUACGGAAACCUAGGAACUUUGUUCCGAUCACUCGGUCAAUAUGACAAGGCCCGAGAAUAUCACGAGAAAGCACUCGCAAUCCAUAUAGAGAUUGGUGACAGACACGGAGAAGCAACAAGCUACGGAAACAUAGGAACUUUGUUCCAAUCCCUCGGUCAAUAUGACAAGGCCCGAGAAUAUCAGGAAAAAGCACUCGCUAUCAAUAUAGAAAUUGGUGACAGGAAUGGAGAAGCAACAAGCUACGGAAACUUAGGAACUUUGUUCUAUUCUCUCGGUCAAUUUAACAAGGCCCGAGAAUAUCACGAGAAAGCUCUCGCCAUCAGAACAGAAAUUGGUGACAGAGAUGGAGAAGCAACAAGCUACGGAAACCUAGGAGCUUUGAUAGAAUCACUCGGUCAGUAUGACAAAGCCCGUGAAUAUGAGGAAAAAGCACUCGCUAUCUAUAUAGAAAUUGGUGACAGGAAUAGAAAAGCAACAAGCUACGGGAGGCUAGGAACUUUGUUCCAAUCACUCGGUCAAAAUGACAAGGCCCGACAAUAUUACGAGAAAGCACUCGCUAUCAAUAUAGAAAUUGGUGAAAAGAAUGGAGAAGCAACGAGCUACGGAAACCUAGGAACUUUGUUCCAAUCAAUCGGUCAGUACGCUGAGGCCCGAGAAUAUUACGAGAAAGCACGCUCUAUCGCAAUUGAAAUUGGUGACAGGAAUGGAGAAGCAGCAAGCUAUGGAAACCUAGGAACUUUGUUCCAGUCACUCGGUCAAUAUGACAAGGCCCGAGAAUAUCAGGAGAAAGCUCUCGCUAUCAGAAUUAAAAUUGGCGACAAGUACGGAGAAGCAGCAAGCUACGGAAACCUAGGAACUGUGUUCAAAUCCCUCAGUCAGUAUGACCAGGCCCGAGAAUACCAGGAGAAAGCACUCGCUAUCAGAAUAGAAAUUGGUGACAGGAAUGGAGAAGCAACAAGCUAUGCAAACCUCACAGAUUUGUUUCUCUCACUUGGCAAGUAUGCAAAGGCUGACGUUUAUCUAAAGAAGGCAAUGGCCGUUAGAAAGGGUAUGGAUGAUAAAAGGGGAGAUAUCGCAAAUUACAGGCACCUUGGUAAAAUUUCUUUUAAGCGUGGUGAAUAUGACAAGGCUCAAGAAUAUUACGAGAAAGCCCUUACAAUUCACAUGGAAAUCGGUGAGAGAGAAGGAGUAGUAAUCAACUACAACGAUUUAGGAAUGUGUUUCCUAUCGCUUGGUAAAUAUGACAUGGCCGAAGAAUACUUUAAGCAUGCUCUCCUAUUAAGUAGGGAUAUUGGACAAAACUUGAACGAAUUUCACGGCCUUUGUUAUCUAUCGGCGUUAAAGGUGUCACAAGGUCAUCUUGAAGAGGCUUCUUCGUAUCUUUUUCAAAGCAUCGAAAAGUUCGAAACUUUGAGAGGUUUUCUUAGAGAAAACGAUCAGUUUCAAAUAUCUCUUUUAGAAAACCACGGCACCUCUCCCUACAAGUUGCUCAGUAUGUUGCUUUCUUCCACUGGAAAGCCGCAAGACGCCCUUUACGUCGAAGAGUUGAGAAGGGCCAGAGGCCUAGCCGACUUGAUGGCAGCUCGGUACUGUGUUCAAGAGCAGAUCUCAAGCGAUCCACAAUCUUGGUGUGGCAUUGAAGGGAUCAUCCCAAAAGAAGCAGACUGUGCAUGCCUAUACAUUUCGGUUGCUAAAAAUGAUGUACGGUUUUGGAUAAUUAAAGCAACGGGAGCCAUUCAUUUUUCAGAAAAGAAAGUGAACCUGGACCAAAACAAGGUGACCGGAAUAGUCCCUGAGUUAGAUGAGUUUUUUAAAGAAGCCUUCCGCAGCCACGCCAUUUUACCCGAACAGAAUUGCGAAGAUCGAUCUUUAGAUGACUCCGAACUGAUGUCACCUCACUACGACAACCGCUCAGUAAUGCGUGACUAUGAUGCCGCACAUUUCAAAACAAGUCUUCGCUUGUGUUACAAGAUAAUCAUCGCUCCUGUGGUCAGUUUACUGAAGCAGCCCGAGAUCAUAAUUGUCCCUGAAUCCUGUGUGUACCAAGUGCCAUUUGCAGCCUUGGCUGACGAAGGAGGCAAGUAUUUAUCAGAGACAUGCAGGAUUCGGCUGGUUCCCUCUCUAACGACUCUCAAGCUUGUUCAAGACUGUCCUCCAGACUAUCACAGUAAGACCGGGGCGCUGAUAGUGGGUGACCCUGUAGUUGGAGAGGUGAUUUACAAGGGAAGGCUCAGAAAUAUAGCACCAUUGCCGUGUGCAAGGAAGGAAGCAGAGAUGAUUGGAACACUUCUUGGCGUAACGCCUUUGAUAGGACAUUCCGCGACAAAGCAUUCUGUACUCCAAGCGAUUCAUUCAGCGAGCCUGGUACACAUUGCUGCCCAUGGUGAUCCCGAAAGAGGGGAGAUUGCUCUUUCUCCUGAGCACCCUUCCUCACUCCCACCUUUUCCUCGAGAAGAAGAUUAUCUUUUGACGAUGGCGGAUAUUUCAAAAUCUCGGUUGCGAGCUAAACUAGUGGUGCUUAGUUGUUGCCACAGUGCUCGUGGACAAAUUAGAACCGAGGGAGUUAUUGGAAUUGCCCGAGCGUUCUUAGGGUCCGGAGCUCGUUCAGUGUUAGCGGCACGAUGGGCCCUGGAUGACACAGCCACAGAGCAGUUCAUGACUUGUUUCUACAAACAUUUGUUCCGCGGCGAAAGCGCUAGUGAAUCUCUCCACAAGGCCAGGAAGUGGAUGAGAAAUAAUGGCUUUGACAAAGUUUCUCAAUGGGCGCCAUUCAUGAUCAUGGGCGACAACGUAACAUUUGAUUUUGGAAAUUGGCCGGUGCCUAGCGCACCUUAA